AAGUUGUCUUGUCAGCAAUGCUAUCCUAAAUUGUCAUUUUAGACCUCGAUUUUAUCAGUGUAUUGUACUUCCUAAUGUAGAUUAAUAUUUCAGUAUGUAGAAGUUAUAGAUAGCCAUGAAUGAAUUAUUUGCACAAGUUUUACAAAAGAGGGACUUGUCAAAGGCUGGUGAAUUGUUUUCACUUGCUGAUGAUGAAAUCAAAGAUGACCUCAUUCCUGUGUUAGAAGCCAUAAGUAAGAUUCUGGAUUGUACAGACUAUCUACAGAAUGAUAAUGAUCAAAGUGUUGUGGAAAUCUGUAUCACCAGAGUCACCACAGCAAUCAGGGAGACAGGUUCCAUUGAAGCACAUUCCAAGUGUUUGGUAUCGCUGCUGGAGGUUUGUCAGAAAUAUGACCUGAAUCCUGCUGCCCCAGAGAAGGACCCGCCCCAUGCUAAAAUAGCCUCUGAUAUAAUGAGCUGCCUUUUUAUGCAUUACAGCAAACCAAAAGUGAUGUCUUUAGCCAUUCCAGUUGUUGUGAAUUUUCUACGUUGUAAUAAUAAAGAAUUAACAAGAAAUGUCUCCAGUUAUUUGUCCUUGGCUGCCCUUGACAAUGCAGACACUUUAGCAAAAUAUGUUGAUCUGAUAAUCAGUACAAUCCUUAGAGGCAAUUACUUUUUGAGUACAGUGUUACCUCAGAUUUACUCGCAGAACAAACAACCAAUCAUAAAUAGUAUUGACAAGCUUACCGAUAUCAUUAAUGUAUGUGACGUGUCUGAACGGGCAAGUCUGUUCCAAGUGUUUGGAAUGAUAUCUAAACACGAUCCAAACAUUUUAGAACCACACAUAGAUGAAUUCUGCAAAUAUCUGUCCUCAAGUACUUUGGCAGCUUUGGUUCUCAUGAUGUUUGUUGACAUGGCAACAGCCAAUCCUAAAGCAUUUGUGGAUUAUCUCCCUUCAUUGAAGGAUUUAGCAGAACAACAGCCAAUGUAUUUUAUACAAGUUAUACAAAUUAUUGGUGCAAUAGGCAAUAUAGAUCAGGAAAAUGCUAGAAGAAGUAUGGUUUACUUUGUAUCAUGCUUAGGCAUGAAGGACCAAACUGCCCUAGCGGUCAUUUUACAAGAAAUUAAAGCACUGAGUAUCAACAAUCACUCGUUACUGGAAGAAAACAUUAUAGAAAUUAGUAAACUAUCUCAGAGUGGAUCUAGUGCUGUGAGACUGCUGGUUCAACAAUUAAAAGACGACCUGAAAAAAUAUGCAAAUAAUUUGUCUUGCUCAUCUCCUCCACAAGAGAAGGAAACCAGAUCAGUAUCCAGUCAAACAGAAGGUCAGGUGACUGUGAUUACUGUUGGUAAUCCCCACAAUGCAGCAUAUCCUAGUGGUGCAGUAUCUGUCAGACAUACGGCUAUGUCACAAAGUACAAUCUCAAGUCAACAGAGCAUUCCUAAAUCUCUCAGAAAUAGUAGCUCUAAUACCAGACAUGAGAGACCAGUGAGUCCGGCAUCAACAAUUUUGUCAGACAGACUGUCACUUGGGAGCCUUCUGACUGUUGGUAGUACACAGACUGGGCCUCCUUUGCUAGCUGAGCCAAUCAGAGAUGGGAUACAACAUUUCUGUGAGAAACACAUGACAUCCAUUAGGAAUUUCAUCUGUCAGUUUUCUGCCAGGAUUCCUAUACCAGCCAAGUGUGGGAUUAUAAAUGGGAGACACAGGCAGUAUAUCCGUUUAUUUUUCCUGUGUGGAGAUCAGAAAGAAAGAUGUAUAUAUGGCAACAGUUAUUUUACUUUGGAUACCAAAGUUCCUAAAACUUGGAUUCAUCUCAUGUUUUUAGCAAUACAGGCACAGUCAACCUCAGCAUUAAGUCAGAAUGAUCCCAGUAUUAGUUCAUUAAAGACAUGUUUAGAAGCAAUCUCAGAGAAAGGACAGAAUAUAUUCCUCACCAUUGUAACAUCAUCAUUUCCAUCAGCCAAGGAUCAAGAUUUGUUGAUACAAGAACUUAACAGAAUCAGAUUCUUUGAUGUGUUUGAGUUUAAUGCAGCAAAGAAACAUUGGGCUUGUUUUGUGUGCAAUCAUCCAGAAAAAGUGGGAGAUCUUUUACAGAAUGGUGUCCCUGUUAUAGCUGGUCAGUUAAAAGAAAAGAAAGGAAAAUGGAAAUUUCUGAAAAGAUGGAAAACAAGAUAUUUCACAUUGUCCGGAGCUCACAUGACCUAUAACAAAAGUGACCAUAGAAAAGAGACUUUGCCUGUCAGCAAAAUACAAAGUGUAAAAGCAGUAAGGAAAGGUAUACGUGACAUUCCGAAAGCAUUUGAAAUUUUUACUGGUGAUGAGACAUACACCUUCAAAGCUAAAGGCCAACAGAACAUUGAACAAUGGGUCCAAUGUCUACACAUUGCUGUAGCCCAGGUCCAGAACAAAGAUGAUGAGAAAAAGAGCACAAAGAUGGUACCGAUGCCCAGUCAUGUGAAUCCACUAAAUCAAGAAAAUGUUGUGAUUGAACGACCUAGAUCUGUAAUGGAUACAAAAUUAUAG